AUGUUUCGUCGGAAACUGAUACGUUUUCUUAACGUGCUUAUCGGUUUUUCUUUUUUGGGGUUGCUUGUUGCUUAUAUGCAAAACCCGUACCCACCAAUAGAAGAUCAUGAAACCGUUCCAUUUAAAGAAGGGAAAGUCGCGAUACCUGUCAUAGCUGAGGACAUUAAGGAAGUGGCUCCGGGAUGGUCUGUUGAUAAAGUUGGGUCAUCGCUUAGCAAGGAAGAGAUAGUUAAUUCCAUAAACUUUUUAAAUUCUCAUUAUGAAGUGCUGAACGUUGAUAAAUUUGGCCCAGUCAAUGAAUCAAAAUUUAUUAUUGUUGUUCAGGUACAUACACGCAUUGAGUACCUAAAAUAUUUAAUUGACUCCUUAAGGAAAUGUAAGGGGAUUGAAAAAGGUUUACUUAUAUUUAGUCACGAUUACUCCUCGUCGUCAAUUAAUAGUCUCAUCAAAAGCAUUGAAUUUUGUCACGUAAUGCAAAUUUUUUAUCCGUAUCCUGUGCAGCUUUUCCCAAAUUCUUUUCCGGGUCAAGAUCCUAAGGACUGCAAGUCACAAAUGACGGAGGCCGAGGCUAAGGAAGCGCGCUGUAAUAACUGGAAAUGUCCAGACAAGUACGGUCAUUACAGAGUUGCGAAGUUGACUCAGAUAAAACACCAUUGGUGGUGGAAGAUGAAUUACGUCUUUGAUGGUGUCAUGAGAAGAUUCAACCUGUCAAAUGUAUGGGUCGUUUUACUUGAAGAAGAUCAUUAUGUUUCUCCUGACUUCUUGCACGUAAUGGAUAUGAUCAUUGAGCGCAAAAUGGAGUUUUGCUCAGAAUGUCGGGUAAUUAGUCUUGGAAUUUAUCUAAAAAAGUACCAGAGUUUCGAAAAUGAUCUCUCAAAACUGGGUGUCUAUCCCUGGUUCAGCAGUAAACAUAAUAUGGGAUUAGCUCUUAAUUUGGCUGCAUGGGAGCAAGUGAAGAAUUGCUCUAAACUGUUUUGUACAUACGAUGAUUAUAACUGGGAUUGGACCUUGAUGCAUCUCAGUGCGAAAUGUUUCCCUUCAAAAUGGAAAGUGAUAGCCGCCAAAGCGCCUCGAGUACUGCAUAUUGGUGACUGUGGCGUUCAUACUCAUCGUUGUGCUGUACAUAAUGCUGCAGAGAAGGCGAAGGAGUUGUUCAAUAGAGCACAGGCAUUGUUAUUCCCAAAAGUAUUAAAAGUAACCGAAACUUCGAAACGUAUGAUGAAACCGUCACGAGAAAAUGGUGGUUGGGGUGACGUUCGUGAUCAUGAAUUGUGCCUUAAUAAUUCUGUUGUAAAUUUAGCUGAACCUGUUGACUUUUUACGUGGCUCUCUAGGCGAUGUUAUAGGAGACGCUGUUUCAGAACCUAUGCUUCAUCCACUGUAA